AUGGACGUCGACUGGUGCUUGACUUGCGAACGCCAUCUGAGCGGAAACUGGACUUACUGCUCUCCAGAAUGCCAACGUCGCGCCCCAGCCAAUGUACGGGUCUUGCCUCUGUCGUCUUCGAGCGCGGAGAGCGACGACGAGCCCAUUUACCAUACCAUCCAUGACGUUUCUACGUCGGGAUGGACGUCCGAGAAGAUACAAGCUUGGGCAACCGUGAUCCCUCCAGCGUCGGUGCCGCGACCACAACGCGCAUACCGUACCCCAAAACUCCUCAGCCAGAGCCGGACACCGCCCACAGUAGCGAUGACCGUACCAGAGCAGAGUCGUUCAGACCGUUCCCUUCCCAUUUCCCUUCCAAAAAAGCGGACAACCGUCCUAGCCACCCUCGCUGACCACCUUCGUACUUGGGCUAUAUCUCGACCUUGUCCCCCGCCUGAGCCAUCUCCAACAGAUUCCUUUAUAACUCUUCCUUCUGCACCAGUCAAUGAGCGUCCCCCGCCCCAGACUCGUUUCCUUCAUCAGCCUCCCCCUUCCCGUCAUCCCCAGGUUCGCCUACGUGACGACCAUCAUGCUGCCUAUCGUAUGCGAGGUCGCAAGCCUCGUUCAUAA